UUGUUCUCGUCAUCUAAAGAGGCAUGGGAUGAAAAGGAUUUGUUAUCAAUACCAGGAUCUCCUGCAAGAUCUCAAGGAAGCUCAUAUGGAAGUUUACUCUCUCUUGGGUCCUCCAGCUGUUCAGGAGCAGAUGACAGUGCUGGUGAAUUUGUUAUGUCUUUUCAAUAUAACAGCAAAACAAAACAAUUUAAAGUUCGUAUAUGGGAAGUUCUAAUCACCAGUUUGCUGUCUACAGCAAAAAUUGCAAAGGACACAAGUUUACAACUUUAUUUAAAAACAACAAUCGUACCAGACCAAGAAUAUCAACCAAACCCUGCCUUGAGAAGAAAAUCAGAAGUUUUCCGUUUAAACCCAAGUGAAAAUAAUGAACCAAUCAGUGAAAACCAAUCGACCGACAUGUUUGUUUGGAAAGGCAAAGAAGCACGAUUGGAAUUCAAAAACUCACUCACAUUGGUGUAUGAAGAUAUUUCUAAAGAAUUAGUUGCCACUAGCUCAUUAGAUAUAAGCAUCUCGGUUAAAAGAAAGAAAUCUUUUAUGACAAGCAAACAUAAACAACAACUACAAGAUCCAGUGUUAGCAAGUGUUAAUUUAUAUAUGAAAGAAGCUGUACGGAAACUAAUGAAGGAUAAAUACGAGACUCAAAGACAUGACAUACCUGGUAUCACCCGGCAAGCUUUUUCUCUGGAUAGCGUUGUGACGGAUAAUAUGAGGAGAAGAAAUGGCAUUGAAACCAGCAGUGCACCUCUAGAAAGGAUCAGACUUCGAUCACUGGAAGGAGUAAAACAAACGGCAGUAAAUAACAGAUGUGCCAGUGAUGGUGACGUUCAUGAAAUACCUGGCAAGAAUUUAAGAAAAUCUACACAAUCUGUAACAAGUGAUGUUAGUAGCAAUGUUUGGUUGGAGGACCCAGUUACUGAAAGUUCAUCAUUAGAAAGUGUUACAUCACAUGUUACAACCCCAAGCCCUCAAGUAGAAGUUAAAAUAUCUUCACAGUUGACCUACAAUGAGCCAAGCUUUCAAAUGCAGAUGCCAAAGCCAGAGAAAACUAAAGACGCAUUACAUGAAAAAACUCACCGUGGUCGAAACUUGAUCCAGAAAAGUCGUCAGAAAAUCCGAUCUACAGGUCACGGAUUAAUUCCUUCUAGCAUGAAGUCAAGCGUGACCGUUGUCACGGCGAUGGAUGAAGAAGAGAGAUCAGUUGGAUCUCCAUCUGAAGAAAUUGAACCAUAUGGAGCACCUUAUAUAAGCAACCUUGCCAAUCGCCAGCAUUCCUAUUCCACUGGUUCAUUAGUUGAAGUGGAUGAAAGCCCUUCUCCAUCAAGGUAUAGAAGGCAGAACCGGUUUGCUUCUACUCCAGAUAAAAGACGCUAUAAACCAGAGCACUACAAAUCCAGUGAAAAAUUGGGCAGUAGAAGUAUUGCAGUUCAGAUGGACCCUAAAGACAAAAAUGUGUCUAUAUCGAUGGAAAAACUAGCACCUAGAGCAGAGAUGAAACACAGUUAUGGAACGAGUUAUAACAGAAGAAAAACUUCAGAAACAAGUUGUGGUUCUCGUCCUAGCAUAUUACGAAAACUAGUUUAUGACGAGACUACUUUUGUGCCUAACGAAAUGAACAAUCCUUGUUUUGUGAAUGAUUAAAUAACUGUGGCGUACGUACGAACGAACAAGUGCAUUUAGUGUACAAUAUUUUUGUAAAUCCGAAUAGAAAACCACUGUAAGCUGCUGUAUUGUAAAGUUUUUGUCAUUUUGUUCUUUGAUUAUUAACAGAUAUAUAUCUUGUUGUGGAGACUUUUUACACUCGCCAAUGAAUAAAUAAAAGUUCUACCUCAAAUAA